GUUGUUGUGUGGACGCCCCUCCCUCCCUUUGGCCAGCUGUUGUUAUUCACACAUCUUCAGGGUUUGUGUUUGUCUCCUGCUCGUCUGCUCGUCUGCUCCCAGACAGACAAUCAGAUGAAGGAGAGCCUGCGGGGUGUGUUCUUAAAAGCCCUGGGAAAGAGGAAACCUGCCCCGCUGCUGUGUGUGUCUGUGUGUAUAUGUGUGUGUGCUAUCAGCUGCUAGCUCAUUAGCUGGCUAUAGGCGCUGCGCUGUCUACAAUGCUGUUACAUGUAACGUAGACACAGCCGACUGUGGACGGAAAUAUGGCGUUAUUAGGACGGUAAUACUUUCAGCUGACCGGAAAACCUUUGUAAGAAGAGGACAGUGAAUCGAACCCUUCCUGACCUGUGGAGAGAAGAGUCUGAGUCGCCUGCAUCACCCUGGUCCUUCUUACAUCCUCACCGCCCGCCCCCCUACGGCCAGUGUCUGGCCACUGUAACCAUGACGACAGGGGGUUGUUGCCACCUGCCCGGCUCCCUGUGUGACUGUGCGAGCAGCACAGGCCUGUGGAAGAGCGUGGAGGAGGCGGGCGGCGACGGGUGCCAGGCGCUCUACGUCACCCAGGUCACAGCCAUCGACGGACAGCUGCUCUCCUCCGUGCUGAAACCCAUCGGAUCACAAAUUGAUGGUCCCAUCUGUCGCAUUUGCCAUGAAGGAGGCAGCGGUGAGGUUCUCCUAUCUCCCUGUGACUGCACAGGCACCCUGGGCACCGUGCACAAGAGCUGCUUGGAGAGGUGGCUGUCGUCUUCCAACACCAGCUACUGUGAGCUCUGCCACACCGAGUUCAGCAUCGAGCGCCGCCCGAGGCCCCUCACAGAGGUAACAAAGUGGCUGCGGGACCCCGGCCCUCGUAAUGAGAAGAGCACGUUGUUCUGUGACAUGGUGUGCUUCCUGUUCAUCACUCCUCUAGCAGCUAUCUCAGGUUGGCUGUGCCUGCGGGGAGCUCAGGACCACCUCCAGCUGGGGAGCUGGCUGCAGUCUGUGGGCCUCAUAGCCCUGACCAUCGCCCUCUUCACCAUCUAUGUCCUGUGGACUCUGGUGUCGUUCCGCUACCACUGUCAGCUUUACUCGGAGUGGAGGAGAACAAACCAGAAAGUACGUCUGCUCAUUCCUGAAGCCAAGGACUCCAACUCUUCCCAGCAUUCCUUGCUCUCGACCAAACUGAUGAAGAAGUCGGCCAAUGAGAGUAUAGUAUGAGAGCGUGACAGCAGUGGGGAUGCAUCAGACCUGCCAGCAAGCCUUUGAAGAGACUCGUGUGGGCUUCUUUUUUUUUGUCUCUAUUUGAAACAUGUCGUCUCUGCCCCAUCAGUACUGACUUAAUUUUGCAGUUUUUUUAUUCGUCCUCCUGUGGGUGCAGCACCCAGCACCUCUGUGUGUCACGUGGAUACAAUGAUGACAUUAGAGGGCCGUGACAGCAGGAGAACCAACGACCAAAUAACUGCAAAGAGCGAUGAGCUUGUUAAGUUAUUUUCUUGUCCUCUGACGACUCAGAGCAUUUUUAACACCACAGGUCACACUGACACAUUCACACAUUGAUGGUAGAGGCUGCUGUGUAACCCAUGGCAACCAUUCAUACACAGAUGACAAAGCAGGGGGAGCAACUUAGGUUAAGUGUGGUUAAGUGGGACAUGUUGCUGCAGGAGCUGGGGAUCAAAGAGAGACAACCGGCUCUACCACUGAACCACAGCCGUCCCGCUCAGCUCUAAUCAUUGCAGUGUUUAGCUCGACAACUCAUUGGCGGUCCUCAGAUGAUCGCAGUGCAGCAGGUCCGGGGUUUUCUGCCUGUUGAGCAGCGUUAAGAUUCCAUGAUCCGGUGUGGAUCUGUAAAGGAUUUUCCAUUCCAUCGUCGGGAUGCCAACACGCUGAGAUAAAAACAUCAAACUUUAAUCUUUCCAGAUGUGUUUUUGCACCUGUGUUUUACGUCUGAUGCAAGCGCGGACGAUCGGCGUCGAUCGCAUUAGAUCAGCCUGAGAUUGUGCAAUAAAAACACUGUGGACUGUGAGGUCUGCAUACGACAUGCAGAGACCUCUCCCAAUUUGCACAGCGAUGCAUGCCAGCACUGUUGAUGAUGUUUGGAUUUUUUUAUGGUGUUUUCUUAAACUCUUUCUCUAACCACUAAAGAAUGAAGCGUUGAACGAUUCCUCCUGAAGUGGGCUCUAAAUGUGUCCUCAUAGAGGUUCUCGUCCAAUCAGCACUUAGCAGGAAGGUCUGUGAAUGACCUCUGCACCCCUCUCUGUCAAGACGUCUGUCAGAGGAACAUUUCCACAGUGUACUGUCGGCCUGAACGCCUCCUCCUGAUUCACCUCUUAAUGUCCUUAGUUACAGCUGUUUUUGUUUCUGUUUUCAGCGGUGAAUAUUUCUGUACGUGUGUCAUCACAGAAACAUCUUGUGAGCGUUGUGUGGCUUUAAUAAUGGAUCAAUUAUGCAAGAACCACCGAGGCUUAAUCUGACUUGAGCUUUUGUUUGUGUCUCAAGGAAGUCGCUAGAUUCUCAUGUUUUUCUAUGUCAGUGUUUUUGCUAAUGUGCCCUGGUCAAGUUCAAAGGUUUAGGUCGGAUUCAAACCCGGUCCGAGAAUUCUCUUCUGUCCCCUCUGUUUCGGGAGAAAAGUGUCACUACUUUGGCUUAGUGUCUCCAGGUCAUGACAUGCUCAGUAUUAAACUGUGAACAGUUCACCUCUAAAGAUGUGUAGCUGCCAAAGUCUGGAUCUUUUGCACCGCCGGACUUUUUUUUAACAAUCAGACUUGUAGAAUAAUAAAGUGAUGACAACGUGUCAGAUUUCGAGCAGAUUCAUUGGCUAUCAGGAGCUGUCAAUCAUCUUCUUUGCACUAAAUCUUCAUGUGACUAAAACCUUGUGAUCAUUCCUCCUUCUGGAUUGUUAGAAAGCUUUAGUGAUUGCAGCGAGGAGUGUUUCAGAAGUGUUGAGCAAACCUCUUUUUGGUCAUUAAUGCCGCGUCCCCUCCCUGGCUGCAUUUUGUGUGCACUCACGUGACCCUCUGAUUCUCUGAGCUCCCGGUGGGUUGCCCCACAUACUGACCCAGUUAAUCGUCUGUUUGUGUUUUGAACUGAUCUCUGAACAAAGGAUUACAUCCUGCAGGGCUGCGACGCUCCCUGGGCGUCAAACGAGCUUAUGAGUCAUUUGAUCAUCCUGGUGUUUACUGUUUGUGUGAUCUGUCUGUGACUAACUGAUGUGAGUCUAAAGAGAGGAGGUUAUCACAAACAUCUGGAUGUGACUAACUGAUGUGAGUCUAAAGAGAGGAGGUUAUCACAAACAUCUGGAUGUGACUAACUGAUGUGAGUCUAAAGAGAGGAGGUUAUCACAAACAUCUGGAUGUGACUAACUGAUGUGAGUCUAAAGAGAGGAGGUUAUCACAAACAUCUGGAUGUGACUAACUGAUGUGAGUCUAAAGAGAGGAGGUUAUCACAAACAUCUGGAUGUGACUAACUGAUGUGAGUCUAAAGAGAGGAGGUUAUCACAAACAUCUGGAUGUGACUAACUGAUGUGAGUCUAAAGAGAGGAGGUUAUCACAAACAUCUGGAUGUGACGAUGUGUGAACAUGUGUGAAAGUCAUAGAGCUGCUCCUCACUCUCCAUGUCAGAGUGCUCAGAGCGAGCUGCAGCAGAUCCUCUCGUCUCCAAAGAGUUUCUCUAUAAAUUUAAAAACGUGUUUCAUUCAGCGUCCACACUUCACCUGCAGAAAUGUGUUCUCUGUUUAUUACACCAAUAAAGUAUGAGAGGAUAUCGACCUGCUUACAGACGUCUGCACAUCAGCAGAUAAUGAGGCAUAGACCGAUGUUUGUUUGUUGUGCCAAAUCAAUUGAAUGCUGACGUCGAGGACACCUGCUGUAAAUCUGGACUACAAGAUGAGAAGUCUUCCAGAGAGACAACAGGUUGAAACUGUAGUCCUGCGUGAUGAUUUCUGUUCCAGCUGUGUUGCUCUGUUUUCACUUUGUGGAGUUAGCACUCCUACUAGCUGCAGUACGCUAGCUGAGCUAGCUGUGAUGAGACCUGUGCUCUCCACCUCCUCUGCUCACUCGUUGACUUUAAGGAGUCUUCUCAAUCUAACCUCCAUAAGCUUUAUUUAUUUACUGAACCGUUUAUUGAAACCAUGGUGACCUCAUGACAGAGAAAAGAUGGUAAAAAGUCGCUUUAGCCUCGUUUCCACGAAGCGGUACGGUACACAUUUACUCUCAAAAGUCAGGAACCAAAAUAACCGAUCCGUACCGUCCUCUUUUUACCCUCUUCUGAUGGACGACCUCGGAGGUGAUGUCCCAUUCUUCUUCGUCCUUGAACUUUUUUGCAGAAUACACUCUAUGCCUGCGCCACUACGUAGCUUACAAAGUCAGGGAGCGGUUGUCUGUGGAAACACCAGUAAGAUCAGGGUUAACCGUACCAAACCGUACUGAACCAAACCGGACCGCUUGGUGGAAACGGGGCUUUAGUUUCCCAGCACAGCUCGAGAGGAUUUCCAAUCACCUCGUGUGGCGUGCAGUGUGUUCUGGUGGUGGUGACGGUGCAUGUUUUAUUCUGGUAUAUCGGUUCCAGCAGUAUGAAGGAUGGAGCCAAUUUUCCAGAUGAAAAAAUCAGUCUCUUCUACAUCAGAUUUUACGGUGACCACUGAUUCAGAGAGGUUUCUGAUUGGUCGGACAAAGUCUGACAUUUUUCAUCCUCAAACAAGUUUCAAGGUUUCUUUAUCUAAAAGGUUAAUGUGAGAUUCAGUGUUCCAGAUGUUCAUUAAAUGCAAACUUGAGGUUAAGAAGAGCAGACACGGGAGAGAGAGUGUUGCAUUGUGGGAGUCUGAUGAAACAAACGUCAGCAUCGGCCCUGAUGGAUCAGAGCGUCUCGACCACGAAACAAAAUCGAUGUUUCUGAUGUUUAAAUAUUUAGUCGUCUUCUUUGGGAGGGAUGUUCAUAUGUUUUAUUUGUUAUUUAUGUUUUAGCGUUCACAUUUUUAAAGAGCACAUUGUUUAUUAUGGCGUGAGAUGUUUCUGAACAAAUAAAACAUUGUGAUAAAAUCUG